AUGACAAUUCCUGCUUCCAAGCAGAGAGACGACGUGACUGGGGGGGAUACAUGGGAUAAGCAAGACUUUGAAGAAACAACUGUACAAGUGGAGCAAGUCAUUGCUUAUUGGUCAAGGAUUCUAAAAGAAGCAGAAAGAAACUACUCCCCAACAGAGCGCAAAGCAUUAGCCCUCAAGGAAGCACUUGUGAAAUUUCAGGUAUACUUGGAAGGAGCUGAAUUUGUUGCUAUCACAGAUCACGCCGCUCUCACUUGGAGCAAGACUUACAAUAAUGUCAACAGAAGACUCAUGACAUGGGGCUUAGUAUUCUCAGCCUACCCAGGAAUGCAGAUUGUGCACCGCGCAGGAAGAGUACAUGACAAUGCAGAUCCUAUCUCAAGACUUAGGAGGAGAACCCCAUAUCAUACCAGCCCUCUGGCAGAUCAAUCAACUCCACUCAAGCUCAAUAUGGAGGAAGACCCAUUAAGAAACCUCUACAAGGAGAUAAAUGAACGUUUUGAAGAGAAACUUCUUAGAGUUGCAAGCGCAUUCACCCAGAGUUACAAAAUUGGAAAUAGCCAGAAGCCCAUCAAGAAGUGGAUACCCACACCGGCAGAAGCUAUAUCUUAUCAAACAACUACCUCAUACUCUGUGGAAAUAUCAAUAAACUCAGAAGAAAUCACAAGGUUCAUAGAAGCAUACAAGAAGGACUCCCAUUUUAAGCAAGUGAUGGAAGAGUUCAAGUCGCACCACAAUCCACUCAAUCCACCCUUCCAUCAAUACCAGAUAGGAGAUAAUGGAUUGAUCUACUUUAUAGAUUCCCAGGAAAAGUAUUGGCUAUGUGUACCUAGGGAUCUACAAGUAGAUAUUUUGAAGGAAAAUCAUGAUAACCUCAAUCAAGGAGCACAUGCUGGUUAUGCUAAGACAUAUCAUCGAAUUGCUUCUGUUUACUAUUGGCCUAAGAUGGCUAGAAGCAUUCAGAAGUAUGUACACACUUGUGAUAUCUGUCAGAAAGCAGGACAUCGACGGCAUGGACCCAGAGGAUUCCUUCAACCUUUACCUAUUCCACAGCAACCCUUUGAAGUAGUAUCAAUGGACUUCAUCAUGGAUCUUCCACCAAGUAACAACUACAACGCUAUCCUAGUUAUUGUGGACAAACUAACUAAGUAUGGACAUUUCAUCCCAUGUACUACUCAGAUAGAUGAAGUACAAACAGCGCAACUGUUCCAUGAUCACAUAUGGUGUCACUAUGGUUUACCUCGGCAAGAAUUCGGCAGCACCACUGCACAUCAUCCUCAGAGUGAUGGACAAACAGAGAUACUUAAUCAAACUACAGAAGUGGCUAUUAGAGUAUUCACUAACCCAGCUAAGGACAAUUGGAGUAAGCUUCUAUCAGGAUUUGCGCACUCAUACAAUACAAGUGUGCAUACAUCCACACAACAGACACCAGCCUUCCUACUCCGCGGAUUCCAGCCUCUAACAUCAGCCGACUUACUGGCUCUCACUUCUGAGAACAUUCCAAGACCAGCCCAAGAAAGUCAAACAGCUGAAGAAUUCAAGGAAUCCAUGGAAUUAGCACGAUCAUUAGCUAAGGACGCUCUCAAAGUAGCUCAGAAUUAUCAACAGAAAUACUAUAAUUCUGACAAGACACAUGUUACCUUUGAGCCAGGAGAUUUAGUCUUAAUCAAUCCCCAUUCCUUAAACUUACUCAAACAUCAGUCAGGGAAAGGGAAUAAGCUAAAUAUGCGUUAUGAAGGACCAUUUGAAGUCAUGGAAAGCAUAUCACCAGUAGCAUAUAGGAUAAGAUUACCUGCUAGCUAUCGCAUACACCCAAUCAUUAACAUAGCACACUUGGAAUCUUACAAGGCAUCACCCCCAGAGUUUGGAAGCCGACCCACUCAGAAUAUACCUAGAGAAGACUUCCAACAGAUGCCUGAAUAUGAGGUGGAAAGGAUAGUAGAAGAAAGGACAAUAAAGAAAGGCAACAAGGAAUUAGGCAGUACAAAAUCCGUUGGCUUGGGUACAGCUCAGAACAUGAUAGAUGGAGGACAGAGAAAGAAUUAA